GCCGGACGGUAGCUAACAAGAGCGAUUGAAUGGAUAUUUCCCGGUGCACCGAGAAAUGGGUAAAACAAAACAAGGAGAGGCCUCUGUCUUCCUCCAUCAUGCUGUCAAAUAAGAAAGACCCCGGUUCUUCGUCCUCUUCUUCCUCGGGGGGCAGUGGGGGUGAUCGGGCAUUGGACACCCCCGCGGGGUCCCAACCGGGCACCACUGGUUCCGCAGCCUUGUCCGCGGAUGUGAAAAAGAAGGAGAGGGCAUCUCCCAGCGGUGAAGCAUGUGGGCCACCUCUCCCCCACCCCUCUGGCCCAGGAGGGGCAGAGCAGGACUCGGCCGAGGGUCGCCGCACUAGCCGCCGCAAGAGAGCCAAACAGGUGGAGUACAGGGAAAUGGACGAGAGCCUGGCCAACCUGUCCGAGGACGAGUACUAUUCAGAGGAGGAGAGAAAUGCCAAAGCAGAGAAAGAACGAAAGCAAGUGCUCCCUCCACCUGCACCACCUGUGGAGGAGGAGAACGACAGUGAACCCGAGGAGCCUUCAGGGUUAGAGGGGGCAGCUUUCCAGAGCCGCCUCCCACAUGACCGCAUGACCUCACAGGAAGCAGCUUGUUUCCCUGACAUCAUCAGUGGUCCCCAACAAACUCAGAAGGUCUUCCUCUACAUCCGGAAUCGCACGCUUCAGCUCUGGUUGGACAACCCAAAGGUCCAGCUCACCUUCGAGUCUACCGUGCAGCAACUGGAUGCUCCGUACAACAGUGAUGCCGUCCUUGUGCACAGAAUCCACAGCUACCUGGAGAGGCACGGUCUCAUCAAUUUCGGCAUCUACAAGAGAGUGAAACCUCUUCCGAGUAAGAAGACAGGGAAAGUGAUUGUGAUUGGUGGGGGCGUAUCUGGUCUGGCAGCUGCGAGGCAGUUGCAGAGUUUCGGCAUGGACGUGACCGUGCUGGAGGCCAGGGACCGUGUUGGAGGGAGAGUGGCCACCUUCCGUAAGGGGAACUAUGUGGCAGACCUGGGGGCCAUGGUAGUCACAGGCCUGGGUGGCAACCCCAUGGCUGUUAUUAGCAAGCAGGUAAACAUGGAGCUGGCCAAGAUUAAACAGAAAUGCCCCCUCUACGAGGCUAAUGGCCAGGCUGGCGAGCGAUGCACUAGUGUUCCAAAGGAGAAAGAUGAGAUGGUGGAACAAGAGUUUAACAGGCUCCUGGAGGCUACCUCAUACCUUAGCCAUCAGCUUGACUUCAACUUCCUUAAUAACAAACCUGUGUCUCUGGGCCAGGCGCUCGAGGUGGUCAUUCAGCUACAAGAGAAACACGUGAAGGAUGAACAAAUUGAACACUGGAAAAAGAUUGUGAAAACACAGGAGGAGCUCAAAGAGUUGCUCAAUAAGAUGGUGGCUACUAAGGAGAAAGUGAAGGAGCUCCAUCAGCAGUAUAAGGAGGCGAGUGAAGUGAAGCCUCCCAGAGACAUUACAGCUGAGUUCCUGGUCAAGAGCAAACACCGUGACCUGACGGCCCUCUGCAAGGAAUAUGAUGUGCUGGCCGAGCAGCAGGCAAAACUUGAGGAAAGACUACAGGAACUAGAGGCCAAUCCUCCCAGCGAUGUGUAUCUCUCAUCACGAGACAGACAGAUUCUGGACUGGCACUUUGCAAAUUUGGAGUUUGCCAAUGCCACCCCUCUCUCCACUCUGUCUUUAAAACACUGGGAUCAGGAUGAUGAUUUUGAGUUCACAGGCAGUCACCUGACGGUGCGGAAUGGUUACUCAUGUGUUCCUGUGGCGCUGGCCGAGGGCUUGGACAUAAAACUCAAUACAGCUGUCCGCCAGGUGCGCUACACCUCCUCAGGCUGUGAGGUGAUAGCAGUGAACACGCGCUCCACCACCCAGACGUUCAUCUAUAAGUGUGACGCCGUGCUAUGCACGCUGCCUCUGGGGGUGAUGAAGCAGCAGCCCCCUGCAGUGCAGUUUGUGCCCCCCUUGCCUGAGUGGAAGACCGCUGCCCUCCAGAGAAUGGGCUUUGGGAACCUUAACAAGGUGGUGCUGUGUUUUGACCGCGUGUUCUGGGAUCCCAGUGUGAACCUGUUUGGCCACGUCGGGAGUACCACGGCCAGCCGCGGAGAGCUCUUCCUCUUCUGGAACCUCUACAAAGCCCCCAUACUGCUGGCCCUCAUGGCCGGAGAGGCCGCAGGUAUUAUGGAGAACAUCAGCGAUGACGUCAUCGUGGGCCGUUGCCUAGCGAUCUUGAAGGGGAUCUUUGGUAGCAGUGCGGUCCCUCAGCCGAAGGAGACGGUGGUGACGCGUUGGCGCGCUGACCCCUGGGCUCGGGGGUCCUACUCGUAUGUGGCAGCUGGUUCCUCUGGCAACGACUAUGACCUCAUGGCCCAGCCCAUCACACCUGGGCCAGCCAUACCUGGGGCUUCACAGCCAGUACCUCGACUCUUCUUUGCGGGGGAGCACACGAUCCGGAACUACCCGGCGACGGUGCACGGGGCCCUGCUGAGCGGCCUAAGGGAGGCAGGCCGUAUCGCGGACCAGUUCCUCGGCGCCAUGUACACACUGCCUCGGCAAAGCACGCCCACCGCCAACCCACAGCCCUCUCCUAGUGUGUAGAGAGAGUCUCUCACACACACCACAGCCCUCAUAGAGCAUGUAGAUAGAUAAUGCCAAUCCUCAGUCUUCACCCAGAAUGUAAAUGCAUGCACACACAUGCCUGCACCCACACCAACCUGCAGCUCCCUCCACAAACUGUUGAGAGACAAAGAGAGAGACAGACAAAGAUUGGAGGGAGGGAUGAGGCACAGGAAGUCUGGGAGUUAUAGCCAGUGAGAUGAUUCUGAGUCUAGGAGUGUGUGUGUGUGUGUGUGUGUGUGUGUGUAUGCGCAUAUGUGCAAGUUAUAGGAAAGGAGGGAGGCUGGAUAGACAGAGUGGGAGACAGCAGGAGAUGAGUGCGGAUAAGCAAACGGAAUUAAUGUUAACAAGAAGUCAGGAAAUCUCUGGUGAGUCAGACUGUGUGUGUGUGCAGUCAGUAUUGUUCUUGCUGUGGAAGCUGGAGUUUAAGGCAAACUCAGGGUCUUCCUGUUAGCUGUGUUGUGGCUAGCUUCACUCCCUGCUUCAGAUGCUCUGCUUCUUUUGGGGAAUUUUCUACAAUCUACUAAAACAUUCCCAGUGACCUCAUGUCAGGCUAGAGGUUAAAGUUUGGAAUUCCUCCUUUUGGGAGUUGUUUAUGGGAUGAUUAGAAAACCUGAACUAGAUCAAGUGAACUUCACAAGCAACAUACAAUCAGACACACACACAGCUGUGUCCAGGGUCUGCAUACCAUGAAGAGCGAGCACUAAUGAAGUUCAACCCUAGUGGAGAUGUUUGUGCUGCCUCGGUACAUUCAUGUGAACCUCCUACAUGGCCUACAGAUCACACCCAUGGCUGUAGGGAAACGCUACUCAGACGUUUCUCAGAGCCAACGGCGGAGGAAAAGGUGCCUCUAUCUACGUUGCCAGCGCCGAGGAUUAAAACAACUUCCUAGCACAUGUUUCAGAAGGGACUUUCUCUCUCGUCUCAUAAUUUAACUCGAUCAUGGACUGGAGUCAGAAUCACAAACCUCUGCUGCACCAGUUAUGCAUGCUCCUUCAUUUUUUUAUUUUUUGUUCUGUGGUGUGGAGGAGAGACCCCGCGCUUGGUGAAAGUGGGUUCCUGCAGGCGUCCCGUGUCCAUCGAUACAGUAGAGCCACCAUUUUAGUUCAGGACGGAGAAAAACAGUAUCUUGUUAAAUAGUUAUUUUUGUUGAAAUAUGAAAUGUGUUGAAGGGGCAGUCUUUUUCUUACUUUUUUUUUUUUUUUUUAUACUUUGUGGACUUUGGUAUUAAAUGAAAGAAAUGUUGCUGAAUUUUGAGCCCUCUGCUGUGUGUGUGUGAGUGAGAGGGUAGAGUUAGUUCAGAAAGUAAUGCACAAAGUCUUUGCCCAAACUCACUUUUGUUUCUUCUCUUUUCCUCCAUCUCUCCCCUCACUUCCACAGUUCCCUCGUUCACUCUGCUCAAGUACUGAUCUCUCUCUCUCACACACACACACACACACACACACACAGUGUUUUAAAACGGUCUGUGCCACAGUUCCACAGUGGGUGAUGUUAAUAUUCUUAACAGGUAAGUGCCAUGACUUGGAUAAAGCCAAAUAAAAUACCACUUAAUGGAAAUUCUCUCCAUAAUUCACAUGACAGUACACCAGUCCUAGUGUAGCACACUUGCUCACCCAACCUUUUACAUACACAAGUCACACCCCAAUGUGUUAAAUAUGUAAACAACGUGUUCGCUCAGUGGCAGUUGUGACUCACACAUGGUUUGAGCUCAUCUUCAAACCUACCUGCUG